AUGUUCGACGAUGAAGAAGGAAUGAAAAUUGCCUACGAGGAAGCCCUAAAAGGUUAUGAGGAGGGAGGAAUUCCUAUUGGCUCCUGUCUGGUCCAUGAGGAUGGAACCGUUCUGGGACGGGGCCAUAACAUGCGGAUCCAGAAGGGCUCACCAACUCUUCACGGAGAGAUCUCUUGUCUUGAAAACUGUGGAAGACUCAAAGCCGAGGUCUAUGCCAAGUGCACGCUCUACACAACGCUGUCUCCCUGCUCCAUGUGUAGCGGCUCAGCUCUGCUAUUCAAGAUACCGAGACUUGUUAUGGGUGAGAACGUCAACUUUCAGGGAGCUGAGGACUGGUUGCAGAAGAACGGAGUAGAAGUGAUUAAUCUAAAGAACGAGAAAUGUGAAAAACUGAUGGCCAAGUUUAUCGAGGAGCGUCCUGGAGAUUGGUACGAGGACAUCGGAGAGAGUGAAAAAUAG